ACCCUGCCCCGUGGGAUGCCGGUCAUGGGCCUCUCUGACCUGUGCCUUUGUCCUGAGAGUGGGCGUUAGAACUGUGCUAUGGGCAGGGCUGGGUUGAAGGGUUUCCCUCGGCCUGACCGUCCAUCCGCUCUGAGGCAGAUGUUACGCCAAUGCCUCUAGGCUGCUAGUGACAGUAGGACGGCGCGGGCCGUGCUGUCGAGCCUGUGUACGUGGCUGGCGGUGCUGUAUGCCUGUCCCAGCAGCAGGCGAACCUGCACUCUGUGCUUCUGAGUGCUGCCGCUGCGCAGGGCCGUAAGCCUGCGGGCGAGCGCUGUUAACCCUCCGAGGUUGCCAGCUGCGCUCUGGCUUUGGGAUUUGGUCGCUAGGAAGGGUCCACAAGGAGGUGGAAAGGACCUAUUCCCGCUUGUGAGUUUGCCGCAGGUGCAUUUGUGCUCCCAGUGAGAAGACUGGUAUUUUCUCAUCUGCGCCUGCGUAGAGACGAUGCUUAGAGAAAGCGGAACUGCGACCCCAUCAGCUGUUCAGAAGAUAAAACAGCUUCUUAAAGAUAAACCUGAGCAUGUAGGUGUGAAAGUAGGUGUUCGUAUAAGAGGAUGCAAUGGACUUUCUUACACGCUAGAAUAUACAAAGUCAAAAGGAGACUCUGAUGAAGAAGUAGUUCAAGAUGGGAUUAGAAUCUUUAUUGAGAAGAAAGCACAGCUGACACUUCUAGGAACUGUAAUGGACUAUGUGGAAGACAAACUGUCCAGUGAAUUUGUCUUCAAUAAUCCAAAUAUCAAAGGAACAUGUGGCUGUGGAGAAAGCUUUAAUAUUUGAAAUUUCAGGACUAUUUCUUUGACUUUGAAAGCUGUAAAACACUUGCUGAAUAUGUGGCUUUCAAAAGCAAAUGCAUUUUCUUCAGGUUCUUAGGCUGUGCAAAGUGUGGAUGCCAUUAAGGAAAAUAAAGUUAAUUAAUUUUGAAAAUUUAAAUUGUGUGUUAAAACCCUGCACUGAUGUUUUUACAUUGCAAUUUGUGAUUAAUUGGGACCCAGAAAGUAAGAACAUUAAGUGCUGUAGCAUUUCUGUGUUUUCACGUACCAUGGAAAUAAAAUCUCACUGUUCUUUUC